ACCGUAAGCAGCACCAACCUACCGUAUUAUUGAAGUAACUAACGUGUGUCAAGAGGGUAAAACACCGCAUGGCCAACGACGAUCAGUGCAUGCCACCCUCCGAAAAAGUACAUUAUAGGCUAACGCGUCCUGACGCCGGAGAUGGGCAUCAGUCGCGACUUGUUGUUGGUGAGAAACGGAGCUAAAGACCUCUACUCUCCUUUCGAAGUGAAACAAAUUUAUCAGAAUGAUGGUCUUGACAAAUCACCACAGAGCAAUAGGGAGGGCAGUUCUUACAGUGGUGUGCAGCAGCCCUUAUUCGUAUCGUAUACCAUCAUGUGCAGCACGAUUAUACUCUUCAGCUUCUUUACAAUAUUCCUGUAUAUGGAGAUCACAUAGACAUUCUUCUUUUCGCAAGAAUUAUAUUCACUCAAUUAAACAGUUACCUUUACUACACCAAGGUUUGCAUGUACAGUGCUAUUGUACAAAAGCAAAACAGAUUGAUUGUGAACCAAUAAGAAUACCUUCAGCAGACAUUACAAAUGGCAAUGAAAUGUCAGUCAGUGAAGCUCACAUGAGUGCUUCCAAACCUGUGUGUGAUGUUGAAUACACAAAUGAAGCUGAAGAUGAAUCAUUUGAUCGAAGAGCCUUGAUAGAAUUAGAAGUGGAACUUUUACGCCAAGAUGCAGGCCAAGUCCCACACACACUCACUCCAGCACAGUGGGAAGAGCUUCUUGACAAACCAUCUCGAUCGUCUCGACAAAAAUAUUUGAGGUUUUUAUUUUUGAACCAAAAGAAAAGAGAAAAUGAGAAGCAGAAGAAGGAACUGAAAAAAUUAGAAAGAGAAAAAGAAAGAGAAUCUACACAUAGAUCAAGCAAUCGUUAUAUAUCAGAAGAUGGACAUAUACAGUAUGGGUUGUGGUGUAAUACUAUGUUUCUCCGUAUUCACGAUGCCUCAAUGAAUCACUAUCACAAUGGCAGAGUUAUGUCAGCCCUGAUGUACGGUCAGCCACUUGUUAUUGAUCUAGGUUUUGAUGACCACAUGACUACAAAGGAACGACAGAACUGUGCAAAUCAGCUUGUGGGUGCAUUUGCCUUCAACCGAACUCAUGCUGAUCCAUUUUAUCUACAUUUUUGCAAUGCUGAAAGAAAUGCUGAUACUGUGAAGAGGCUACAUCGUUUCAUUCCAACGAUGUACGAUCUUGAUUUCCCCCUGACUGUCACUCCAGAAAGCUAUCUCGAUUGCUUUCCCAAAGAAAAACUUGUUUACCUCAGUCCUCACUGUAAGGAAGAAUUAACAGAGUAUGACCAUGAUGCUGUGUAUAUCAUAGGGGGAAUUGUAGACCUUGCUGAUUCUGAACCUCUUAGCAUGGCCAAGGCGAGGAAAGAAGGAAUUCGAAUGCAGAAAUUUCCACUAGAAAGGUAUCUUGAGUGGGGUGUUGGUGGUAAAAGUCUAACAGUCAAUCAGACCGUGAACAUAAUGCUUGAUUUAAAGCAUACAGGUGACUGGAAGUAUGCAUUGAGACAUAUACCAAAGAGAAAACUGAAGAAAUAUGAAGACAGUCAAGAGGAACUUAAAGAUUAUAUUAGAAAGCAGCUAAGAAAGAAGCCAAGAUAUAUUCCAAGAUCAAAUUAUCAGGUCAAGAGAUUUUAUGAGGACUAGAAGGUAACAGAUUGCAAGCAUCAUUGAAGCAUGGAGGGGUCACGUUGAAAUUUAAGAUUUUCACUGAAGAAUAUGAUGAUCAUAAAUGUUUAUUUUACCUAGCUCCUGUGUCAGGAUUUUCAAUAUAGAGUAAGAAAAUGAAAAGCUUAGUUUCAAAACAUAUUCCAUAUUUAUAUGUACAUGUAUUUAUAAACAAUUAAUGUGUAUAAAAGUUAUGUAAAAGUAAUCAAAAUUAAAUGCAUAACAACUAAAAGAAAUCUUGAAGUUACUGUUAGCUGUAAAGUGACCUCUUUAUUGGAACAAUUUGAAGACGUAACAAACAUUCUUUGUCAUUUUACAGAAAAAAGUGUUGUUAUUAUAGUUAAGCAUUACUAAAAAAAAUUUUCAGAUAAAUUGUUGUACAAAGUGUAAUUAAAGCAAGUGAUUUCCUUUA